AAAUGUAUUCCCCGAGAUUGGGGGGGCUCGGACGCUUUACAAUUGAUGGAUAGCAUCAAUCAUUAAACCUAAACCUUUAAACUUCCAACUCAACAUAAUAAUACUAACCUACUGAACAAAUCCCAAAUGUGACUUCCAUGGAUAGCGAGACAUUGAUAUCACAGUCAUUCGAUGGCGGAUGAGGACCUCUUGCGUAGGAUCCACGGCUUGGGGGAUUUGGAUUUAGCAGCAUUAUUAUGUUUAACCAGCCGCGAGCAUUGCAUCGUCACCACCGACGCCCCCGAGCUCGAUGGUUUAGUCGAAGAAGUAAGGCUUGUAGCCUCGCAGACCUUUAACCUUCCCUCCGUUAUCGUAAACUGUACCCGCUACACUACCCUCGAUGACCUUGCCGCCGCCAUCCUGCUCCCACCGCCUACACCAAAAGCCCAUCAGUCCUUUUCACCGGGCCCUAAACCGAAUCCCCGCGAUCCAACCGCGUCUCCCCUUCGACGCCCCGGCACCGAGUCGUCUUCCUACUUCCGCCCAGGACAUCACAGUCGUAACAGCAGCCAUGGCACCACCAGCGCGAUGACGGUUCCACCGCAGAUCGCCAAUGUGAUCGUAGCCAAGAACCUCAACCUCGCCCCCAAAGAUGUCCAGAUCCAGUGCUUAGAACUGCUACGCACCCGGCGUAUCCUCACGCGGACCAGUGUGCAGACAGCCCCUAAGCAGUUCCUGUUUGUCGCCGUCCUCGAGACCAACGGUGCCGCGCGGCUCGUCUCGCACCUGAACGAUUUCUUCUACAUCUCGCACUGGCACGACCCCGAGGACGGCUUCGCCCACCAAGAGGACGGAGAAUACGACACCGGGUACAGCGACAGCACCGGGCAGGACUCACCCAGUCUCAACAGCGAAUCGAGCGUCGUCCGCCGCAGCAUCACCGACUCCACCGCCGCCGCAUUCACCAGCACCCCGCGAGGCCCUCGAACCCGGGGCCCCGACAACCUGCGCCUCAACACCAACGUCCGCGACAGCAUCUCAGGCGUCAGCUUCCGCUCGACCUCGUCGAUCUUCCCCUCGCUCAGCGAGUCGGACAUCGCGACGCUCGCGCAGCUGGCCCUCUCCGUGCACCAGGACAUCGAGGUGCUGCGGUACCAGAUGAACAUCGUGACCUUUUUGCGCAUGCACCGCGCCGUCGCGCCCGGCGGCAGCUGCGCCUCCCCCCACGCCACCAAGCACUUCGGCCACCUCGCCAAGUGCCUCGCCGCCCUCCACGGCCUCGACUACGUCACCCCCUCCCUCGUCGCCCUCGCCGCCAAGAAGAUAUACCCCCACCGCAUCCGCAUCGUCGACCCCGCGCGCGAGCGCAGCAUGCAGUGGGGCAGCGAUCUGUCGGCUGUUGAGGCGCUGCUUGAGGGUGUUGCGCCCGAGGACGUGGUCGAGGAUGUGCUGGCGGAGGUGGGGGCGCCUUUGUAGAGAGACUUACCUAACCUAGGUAUAUGGGUAUCCAGUACCUAUCUCCCCCUCCUCUACCUCACAUACGCACUUUCAUAUCAUAUCGGAAUCCAAAACGGAAAAAAAAGGGGCAUAGCAUGGCAUAGCAUAGCAUAGCACGGCGUAACAU